GUCAGAGCGGAGCGAUCCGACCGAGGCAGAGAGACGAAGAAACAAAAUGGCGGCCGGCGGCGAUCCGGAGCGGGGCGCCGGCGAUUCGCAUUAAGCCCUCGGCCUAGCGCUGAGAUCGACGUCCCCUCCCUCCCCUUCCCCUUCCCUACGCCGGCGCUCUCCGCACUCGAGGCCCGGGGCCCUGCGCCCCCUCCUCUCGCCUUCUUCUCCUCCUUCCCCCGCCCCGGCCAGCGCCCAGCGAUGCGGGGACGCCGAGGAAGGCCGCCCAAGAACCAGGGAGCGGCGGAGGCGGCGGCGGCUGCUGCUGCUUCUCCUCCCGCCCCUCCAGGCCCCACCGGAGGCCUCAGGUCCCGCUUGAGGGGCAGCAGCCGGGGCAGGUGGGCGGCCUCCUCGGCCCAGGCGGCAGCAGGGCCCAAGCCCCGCGGGGCAGCCCAGGCCCCCUCCAGCCCCAGAGGCAGCGGAGGAGGAGGAGGACGGAGGAAGGCGGGCAGCGGAGGCACCCCUGGCGGGGGAGGCAGGGGCAGGGGCAGGGCAGCAGGAGGAGGAGGGAGCCGGAGCAGCAGCGGCAGCCAAGGCAGGGCUCCUGCUGCCACUGCCGCCGCCUCUUCCUCUUCUUCUUCGCGGCGGAGGAGGAAAAGAAGGAGCAGCAGCAAAGUGGUGUACGACGACCACGAGAGCGAAGAGGAGGAGGAGGAGGAGAGUGUGUUGUCCGAGGAGGAGGAAGGGGACCCCGAGGAGAAGGCCGAUUCCGAGGACGAUGAUAAGGAGGUGCUCAUGGAAGAGGAGGAGGAGGAAGAGGAGGAGGAGGAGGAGGCGGUCCGGGGGGACUCCGAGGGCAUGGAGGACGAGGACGACGGAGGCAGCUACUGCACCGAGAGCAGCUUCAGGAGCCACAGCACCUACAGCAGCACCCCAGGCAGGAGAAGACAAAGAAUACAUCGUCCACGUUCACCGAUCUUGGAAGAAAAAGACAUCCCUUCUCUUGACUUACCUAAAUCCUCAGAAGACUUAAUGGUGCCUAACGAACAUAUAAUGAAUGUUAUUGCCAUUUAUGAGGUACUGCGGAACUUUGGCUCUGUCCUGCGCUUGUCUCCUUUUCGUUUUGAGGAUUUCUGUGCUGCUCUAGUAAGCCAGGAGCAGUGUACACUUAUGGCAGAGAUGCACAUAGUGCUUUUAAAAGCUGUUUUACGUGAAGAAGACACCUCAAAUACUACCUUUGGUCCUGCUGAUCUCAAAGAUAGUGUUAAUUCCACGUUGUAUUUCAUAGAUGGGAUGACGUGGCCUGAGGUUCUGCGGGUGUAUUGUGAGAGUGAUAAGGAAUAUCAUCAUGUUCUUCCUUUUCAAGAGGCAGAGGAAUACCCUUAUGGACCAGUUGAGAAUAAAAUUAAAGUUCUACAAUUUUUAGUGGAUCAGUUUCUUACAACAAACAUUGCACGUGAGGAAUUACUGUCGGAAGGUGUGAUACAAUAUGAUGACCAUUGUAGAGUUUGUCACAAACUGGGGGACUUGCUUUGCUGUGAAACUUGCUCAGCUGUGUAUCACUUGGAGUGUGUAAAACCACCUCUUGAAGAGGUACCGGAGGAUGAAUGGCAGUGUGAAGUUUGUGUAGCACAUCAGGUGCCUGGUGUUACGGACUGUAUUGCUGAAAUCCAAAAAAACAAACCAUACAUUCGACAUGAACCUAUUGGAUAUGACAGAAACAGGAGGAAAUAUUGGUUCCUGAACAGGAGGAUUGUUAUAGAAGAAGAUUCAGAAUGUGAGAAAGAUAAGAAAAUCUGGUACUAUAGCACAAAAGUCCAGCUGGCAGAGUUAAUUGAAUGCCUUGACAAAGAUUACUGGGAAGCUGAUCUUUGCAAAACUCUAGAAGAAAUGCAUGAAGAAAUUCAUCGGCAUAUGGAUAUAACAGAAGACCUUACUAAUAAAGCACGGGGUAGCAACAAAUCGUUUCUUGCUGCGGCAAAUGAAGAAAUUCUGGAAGCAGCUAGAAUCAGAAAGGGUGAAACAUUGGAGGAUAAAAACUCAGUGGCUGACGAAACAGAAAAGGAAAAAUCUAGUGUUGACAAUAAAGACAGGACAGAUGUUGAUAAUGGCAAAGAAGAGCUUUCAAACCAACAACCAGGUGCAAGCAAAGAAAUACCACAUGAAGAAAGUUCUGAAAAAGGACGCAAAGAAGAGUCAACUGAUGGGGAUAAAAGCAAUUCCGUGACAUUGCCUGUUGGAGGCAAAAUCAUAGAGUCUGCUGCAGGAGAAGCUAAUGCUUCUGAAGGGAAGAGUGCAGUGGGAUGUGAACCAGAAACCCUUGAUAAUAAUGAGGCAGACAAGAAUUCAACAUCAGAGCCUCCCAAGGAUGUUACAGAUGAAAGAACUAAUCCAGUUCCUAGUCUGAGUAUUGGUUCAUCUGCUGAAACACUCUUGUCUGAACCAGAAAACAGCAGUAGCAAUGAACUAAAUUCUAUGCAGAAUGAAUCUGUGAAAACAUCUGAUGAAGUGGAAAAUGUUGAAGGAGGAUCACAGAGCUCAGAUGAGCUAGGAGAAAGAAGCGAAUCUCCAAGCACUGGAAGAGGUACCCCAGGUUCAACACGAAUGGUCACCAGGUUACGAAAUCCAGACAGCAAACUAAGCCAACUAAAAUGUCAGCAGGUUGCUGCUGCAGCACAUGAAGCAAAUAAGCAAUUUAAAGAAGGCAAAGAGGUCCUCGUGGUUAAUUCCCAAGGGGAAGUUUCCCGACUGAACACCAAGAAAGAAAUAGUGAUGAAAGGAAACAUCAACAAUUAUUUCAAGCUCGGUCAGGAAGGAAAGUAUCGUGUCUACCAUAAUCAGUAUGCUACCAAUUCUUUUGCCUUGAACAAACAUCAGCACCGGGAAGACCAUGACAAGAGACGACACCUUUCUCAUAAGUUUUGUUUGAGUCCUGCUGGAGAGUUCAAAUGGAAUGGCUCUGUUCAUGGGUCGAAGGUUCUUACAAUAUCCACUUUGAGGCUAACAAUCAUUCAGCUGGAGAGCAACAUCCCAUCUUCAUUCCUUCACCCCAAUUGGGCUUCACACAGAUCUAACUGGAUCAAAGCUGUCCAAAUGUGUAGCAAACCCAGAGAAUUUGCCUUGGCUUUGGCAAUAUUAGAGUGUGCAAUCAAACCAGUUGUCAUGUUGCCAAUCUGGAGGGAAUCCUUGGGACAUACCAGGUUACGCAGAAUGACAGCUAUUGAAAGAGAAGAAAAGGAGAAGGUGAAAAAAAAAGAGAGAAAACAAGAGGAGGAAGAAACCAUGCAACAAGCAACAUGGGUGAAAUACACAUUUCCUAUAAAACACCAGGUUUGGAAACAAAAAGGAGAAGAAUAUAGAGUAACAGGAUAUGGUGGCUGGAUAUGGAUUAGUAAAACACAUGUCCAUAGAUUUGUGUCCAGAUUACCUGGAAAUACUAAUGUCAGUUAUCGAAAGUUGCUACCAGCAAAGGAUGAUACUGCUGACAUCGCUGAAAAACAGUGUGAACUGGAUAAAAGGAAAAAUCCAGCAAAAAUAAAAGCAGAGCAUGGUUCUUUGAAAAAUAGAAUAAAAAACUUCCGUGAGCCACACAAAAAGGACCAAAAAGAAACAGAAAAUUCUGAGGCCACAAAGAAAUGUCGCACUAAGCAGGAACUUGAAUCGAAUGAAGAAAAAGCAGAAAUUAACAAACAUUUGGAAAAAUCAGAUCAUGCAAAAGAAGGGGAAAAAGAAGUUGGUGAAAAUGAUAAAAGCAUCAAGGAAGAACCUAUGGAGGUAGAUGAAGUGAAAAUGGAUACCUCCACAAAAUGUGAAGAAAGCCCAAUCAGUGCAGAUUUAAUCAAUGUUAGUGAGGGUUUUCACUUAAGGACAUGUUACAAAAGGAAAGUUAAAACUUCAAAACUAGAUGGACUGCUUGAAAGAAGAGUAAAACAGUUUACACUGGAGGAAAAGCAACGACUAGAAAGAAUGAAACUUAAAACUAAUGCUAACUCUUCAGGUUGUAAAUCUCCACAGAGGAGUGUGGAUGAGCAAGGGAAAGCUAUGGUAGGGGAAGAAAAACAAAUAGAUGUUGAUAAUUCAGGUAUAAAUCAAACUGAAGAUUCUGUCAAAGAACACUUGUCACCUAACAAUCUGCACUUUACCAAAACCAUUGGAGCUGUCCAGUCUUUGCCUUGCUUGAACAAACUUUUAGAGAGAGAAGCAAAUGAAACCUCAGUUCAGUGCCCAGAUACUCAAAGACUGCUAGCAAAGGAUACUAAUGAAAGUGUUUGUGAAGCAAUGGAUACAGAUAAAAUUCAAGUACAGAGCAAUGAGAGAGACAGUGACAAUUCUGUAACCAUUGAUGCUAAACCAAUAGAAAACAAAGAAACAAGUAAGAGUGACAUCUUGAAGGACAGCGCAAAAUGCUCAGAGCAAACAGAUACCUUCAUAUCUCAGUGUGAUAACAUUGUUCAGCCAACUGAAAGUAGCUGUGAAGGAGCCACUUCAUAUUUGAGCAAGAAAAAACAUGAAACAGUAACAGUUGAAAAAAAGGAAUGUGAUUCUGUAGAAACAUGUAGUUUAAAAGAUGGCCCUGGAGUGACAUCCACACAAUCAAAUAAUGUAAAAGAGGGUCCUGUGAAAAACAGUGAAGAUGCAUCUGAACCCAAAAUUGCAGUAAAUCCAAAACAGACUCUUGGAGGCCUAAAAUCACUACACACUGAGCUCAUUUCUGAAAAGGCAUUUGAAGCUCAAAUUCCUGACAUGAAAGAAGAAAAUAUUAUGGGUGAAAUACUGAAGUCUAAAAUCGCUGAAACAAAUGGUGAAAAGCAAGACCAAGAGAAAUGUAUACCACCAGGUUCCAUAAACAAAUGCCUUGAUCACAUUAAAAGUAUUGCAGACAAAAAUAAUAAUAAAAAUGGAGAAGUGGAUACCCAAACAGAGAAAGAUAAGCCAACAUCAUUUCAGAUUAAUGGAAAAGAUCCUGAUCUUAAAGUAUUAUCCAAUGAAGAAUGUUUAAAAAGAGAGACACUUGCACAAACAGAAAGCAGUGUUGACUCUAAAGUCAAUAAUAUUAAUAAAAGUAAUCCUUUAAGUAAAUCAUUUUCAUCCAAUGAACCUGUGAAACCAUUAAUGAAUGGUGAUAUUGCUGUCGAAGACACACAUGCGAGAGAAAAUUUGGACAGUGAGUUGUUACAGAGUUCUGUGGAUGUAGAUGGUGAUUCUAAACCAAAUAACACCUCUCAAGAUAAUACAUCUGAGUCUGCUCAAUGUACUGGAAGGAAGCAGUGUUCUGAAAGAUCUAGUUCUCUUGACACAUCAGUCCCAGCCCUCCGUUCCUGUAAUGAAAACAGUAUAUAUAGGGAAAUGGAAUGUAUGGAAGUUGAAUCAAAUUCCAUUAACAAACCUGCCCUGUCUCCUGUAACUUCAUGUGAGGAAUCCAGCCUGAGUAAUGACUUUGCAGAUCAGAAUGGAUUGCAAACAAAUGACAAAAUUGAAAACAUCAAUGGUGAAACCUCAGUAAAAGCUGUUGUUACAGAAGUGACCACCACAUCAACUAUUUCUACUGAAUCCAAAACUAUUUAUAAAGUAUCAGAGUUGUCAGGCAUCAAAGAUAAUAAAGAGCAUGUGGUGUCAUCUGAAAACUGUUCUGUGUCUACUGUAACUACCACUACCACUACCACUGUAACAGCACUUACCACUCCUAGUACAGAUACCCAUACUGAUGUCAUUUCUAUAAAGGAACAGAGUAAAACUGUGGUGACAACAACAGUGACUGAUUCCUUGACUACUCCAGGAAGAAUGUUGGUGACAUCUAUGACAGUCAGCAAGGAAUACUCUACAAGGGACAAAGUGAAGCUAAUGAAAUUUUCAAGACCUAAAAAGACCCGUUCCGGAACAGCAUUGCCCUCUUACAGGAAGUUUGUCACUAAAAGCAGUAAAAAGAGCAUAUUUGUUUUGCCCAAUGAUGACUUAAAGAAACUGGCAAGAAGAGGAGGGAUCAGAGAGGUUCCAUGUUUCAAUUACACUGCUAAGCCUGCUUUGGAUAUUUGGCCAUACCCAUCCCCUAGACCGACUUUUGGUAUCACUUGGAGAUUUCGACUUCAAACAGUGAAAUCCUUGGCAGGGGUUAGCCUUAUGUUGAGAUUACUCUGGGCAUGUCUGAAGUGGGAUGACAUGGCUGCUAAAGCCCCACCUGGUGGAGGAACUACACGCACAGAAACAUCGGAAACAGAAAUUACAACAACUGAAAUUAUCAAGCGAAGAGAUGUUGGGCCAUAUGGCAUUCGAUCUGAAUACUGUAUACGAAAAAUUAUUUGUCCUAUUGGUGUUCCAGAGGCUCCAAAAGAAACUCCUACACCGCAAAGGAAAGGUCUUCGAUCAAGUGCAUUGAGGCCUAAAAGGCCAGAAACGCCAAAGCAAACAGGUCCUGUUAUAAUUGAAACCUGGGUGGCCGAAGAGGAAUUGGAGCUAUGGGAGAUAAAAGCAUUUUCUGAAAGAGUGGAGAAGGAAAAGGCACAAGCAGUUGAGCAACAGGCUAAGGUUAGUGAACAGAAGAAGGCUGAGGAAUUCAAGGCCCAAAUGGAGGCUCAACUAAAACAACAGCGAUUGGCUGCCCAGCAGAAGCGAUUGGAACAACAGAAGCAGUUACCUGCAGUGUGCGGUGUCACUACAGCUACAGCAACAAGCAGUGCUGCAUCCCCAGUCUCCACUCCUCAGAAAGUUGUUGUAGGUCCCUUACCACGCCCUGUACCCAGUGGAGCAAAAGUAGUACUUGCUACUAAAAUGGGAUCUCCAGCCACAGUAACAUUCCAGCAGAACAAGAAUUUUCACCAGACCUUUGCUACCUGGGUUAAGCAGGGCCAGUCUUCAACAGCCACAAGCACAGCUGUUACACCAGCAACAACCAUUUCCAGCAGUGGUCAAACUUUCCAGAUUGCAAGCAGUCCAGUAACUAUGGCAGGCAAAGUGAUCACAAAGCUGCCUCUGCCUGCCAACAGCAAGAUUGUUGCUGUUAAUGUACCAGCCACUCAAGGAGGUGUAGUUCAGGUACAGCAGAAAGUGUUGGGUAUCAUUCCAUCAACAACUGGAGCAAACCAACAGACGUUUACGUCAUUCCAGCCAAGGACAGCAACUGUAACUAUUCGGCCAAAUAACACUGGGACUGUAUGUACAACAAGUGCAUCACAAGUAAUACCUGGGACGCCACUUCGGCCUGGAAUGACAGUCAUAAGGACACCACUUCAGCAGUCAGCGUUAGGAAAGACCAUUAUUCGGACACCUGUAAUGGUACAGCAAAGUAUUCUUCCAACCAGCCAGACCCAGCAAGUAGUCACCCAGAUUAUCAGGGGGCAGCCUGUCUCAACAGCCGUGUCUAGUGCUACCACAGUCUCUACAAGUCAGAAGAUGGUAACCGCUCCAUCAACACCUUCACAGCACAUGCAGUCACAAGCCACAACUCCAUACACCCCUCGUCCUCAACAGGGUCAGGUGAAACUUACAAUGGCACAGCUCACGCAACUCACUCAAGGCCAGGUUAGUCAGGGUUUGACAGUGGUAAUUCAGGGUCAGGGUCAAACAACUGGCCAGUUGCAGUUGAUCCCACAAGGUGUAACAGUAAUACCAGGACCAGGACAACAGUUAAUGCAAGCAGCUAUGCCAAGUGGCACAAUUCAGAGAUUCCUUUUCACGCCAUUACCAACGGCAGCUACAGCAACCAGCACUACUACUACAACAGUUUCUACUUCAACACCAGGAGAGCAGAAACAGACCUCCUUAGCCCAGAUGCAAACACAGCCAGUGCCAGCGCUUCCACCUGCUGAAUCCCAGCCACCGCAGAGUCAACUCGAAGCCCCGCCACAAGGGCACCCCCAGACCAGCCAGCCUCAAGCUCCAACUCCUGCACAGACACAACCUACUCAAUCCCCUGCCCAGGUUGAAACUCAGAAACCUCCUGAAGUUCAGACUCCCACUUCACUUCCCUGUCCAACUGUUACCUCUGAAGCACAGCCAUCGAUAGUGGAAUCCACUGGAACUCCAGCUGUAGCUCAGGCUCCACCCCAGAACAUUUUGCAAGGACAGCCUUUAGCUCAAGUUCAGAGCCAGUCCCCAACAGUCGUACCUCCACAGACGCCACCCAAAGUUCCGAUUGUUCAACCUGUAGCUCAGGUGCAGACCACAACCCAGCAACUGAUUCCAAUGCAGCCACAUCCUUCAGUACAAAUCCAGUCUCAGCAGUCUCAGAUUCCAACCUCAGUUCAGAUGUUGCCAGCUGCACAAACUGUCAGUCAAGUUACAGUGCAGUCACCACGUCCUCAGCUGCAGAUACAGCCACCACAAACAAAGGUUAUUACUAUGCCCCAGCUUCAGCAGCAAGUUCAGGUGUUCUCCCAGCUUCAGUCCCAUGUUGUGGCACAGAUACAGGCCCAGCAAGGAGGGCUGCCUCAGCAGAUUAAGCUUCAGUUACCUAUUCAGAUCCAGCAGGGUGGCCCAGUGCAGGCUCAUCAGAUUCAGAAUGUUGUAACUGUCCAAGCAGCCAGUGUUCAAGAGCAGCUGCAGAGAGUUCAGCAACUAAGAGAACAGCAACAGAAGAAGAAACAACAGCAUAUUGAAAUUAAACGUGAACACUCCCUUCAGGCCUCUAAUCAGAGUGAUAUUAUCCAGAAACAGGUUGUAAUGAAACAUAAUGCUGUGAUAGAACACUUAAAGCAGAAAAAGACUUUGACUCCUGCUGAACGUGAAGAGAAUCAACGAAUGAUAGUGUGCAACCAGGUGAUGAAAUAUAUUCUGGAUAAGAUAGAUAAAGAGGAAAAACAGGCAGCUAAGAAACGAAAGCGAGAAGAGAGCGUGGAACAAAAGCGCAGUAAACAGAAUGCAACCAAACUCUCAGCUCUACUUUUUAAACACAAGGAGCAACUAAAAGCUGAAAUACUGAAGAAAAGGGCACUUUUGGACAAAGAUCUACAAAUUGAAGUGCAGGAGGAGCUAAGGAAAGACCUGGCUAAAAUUAAGAGAGAGAAAGAAAAGGCACAGGCAGCUGCCGCCGUCGCCGCCGCCACUGCUGCAGCAGCAGCAGCAGCUGUUGCUCCGCCGCCGCCGCCUCCACCGCCGCCGCCUCCACCACCGCCGCCUCCACCACCUCCUCCACCACCACCUCACACUAGCAGUGUUGCCGCAGUGACCACCAUCACAACAUCCGUUUCAUCCCAUAAGAGAAAGCGAGAAGAAGAGAAGGAAUCCUCAUCUUCAAAAUCCAAGAAAAAGAAAAUGAUUUCUACUACCUCAAAGGAAACCAAGAAGGACACAAAGCUUUACUGCAUCUGCAAGACGCCUUACGAUGAAUCAAAGUUCUAUAUUGGCUGUGAUCUUUGUACUAACUGGUAUCAUGGAGAAUGUGUUGGCAUCACAGAAAAGGAGGCUAAGAAAAUGGAUGUGUACAUCUGUAAUGAGUGUAAACGGGCACAAGAGGGCAGCAGUGAGGAAUUAUACUGUAUCUGCAGAACACCUUAUGAUGAGUCACAAUUUUACAUUGGUUGUGACCGAUGCCAGAACUGGUAUCAUGGACGCUGCGUUGGGAUCUUGCAGAGUGAAGCAGAUCUCAUUGAUGAGUACGUCUGCCCACAGUGUCAGUCAACUGAAGAUGCCAUGACAGUACUUAGUCCCUUGACAGAUAAAGAUUAUGAGGGGCUGAAGAGAGUGCUACGUUCAUUACAGGCUCACAAAAUGGCGUGGCCUUUCUUAGAACCAGUAGAUCCUAAUGAUGCUCCAGAUUAUUAUGCUGUUAUCAAAGAACCUAUGGACCUUUCCACCAUGGAAGAAAGAAUACUGAAACGUUACUACAAAAAGGUGACUGAGUUCGUGGCCGACAUGACCAAAAUAUUUGAUAACUGUCGUUACUACAAUCCAAAUGACUCUCCAUUUUAUCAGUGUGCAGAGGUUCUUGAAUCAUUCUUUGUACAAAAACUUAAAGGAUUCAAAGCAAGCAGGUCUCAUAACAACAAACUGCAGUCUACAGCUUCUUAAAGUUCCACGUGUUACUCUAAUAUACAAACAGAAAGGAUCUGGUUGUCUGAAACUUUUUAAAUUGAGAAGCCAGAGGGUUUUAGUCAGGAUGUCCUGACAAGUCUUGAUGUAAACUGCAUUUUUAUCAGUCACAUCAGAUUAUAUUCUUGGCUAAUUUUGUCCAAAGGACAAAAGAAUGAACAUCAGCAUCAUCGUUUUCUUGUCAAGAUCAAAUUGUGCUGUUGUGGCAGAAACAGGAAAACGUGUUGAUGGACACAGGAGAAAACAAGAUACAGUAAAAUGGGGUCAAGUUUUAACUCCAUGGAAAUGCCACAUCAGUUCUUCAGUGAAGAAGCUGGUUUAAAGUCCACACAGAGAACUUUUGACUGUGUUUAUUUAUUGUUGCAAAAGGACGCUUUUUUAUUGCUGCCCUCAUUUGUCAGCUAAUUAUUAUUUUUUUCUUAUACCCCCUUCCCAGCCCUGGUUAUAUGUAACCCAUUCUGUAUCUUACCAUGAUUCCUGUAGGUUAAAAGUACAAGAGGACCUCUAGAUGUCUUUUCUUUCUAUGAAAGGAGCUGCUAUGUACACAUGUGCACAAACAAACUGGGAAUCAACAAUGACUGUAUUGCUCAUGGUAGAUGAAAUCAAUUAAGCUUGCAUAAAAGUUGGGCUAAGUGGUCAGUGGACUACAGACUUUGUUGCCUUGAAUAUAACAGUACAGUGUCAUUUACUCUGCACCGGACUGAUUGAGUAAAAUCUAUUUGAAGGUAUCUUGUUUGUAAACAUUUGUCAAAUUCUAAUUUUUUUUCUUUUUGUAUUAAAAAUUCAAAAUAUGGAUGUAUAUGAAACAAAAUAAAUGGAGAUCAUUGUUCUCUCCACAGAUGUAGGUGUCUUUUGAAUGUUCACUAAUAUGUUUGUAAGGUUUUGGAGGUUUGCUCUGAAGUGUAAGGAUCCCAAGAUAGAGUGGGAUGAAGAUGUGAGAAGGAGAGGAUGGAGAAGCCCCACACGUGAUUCUGCUUGCUUUUAAUCAAAUACAGUAAAAAUCUACUCUGUGGUGCCACAACCUUUGCAUUGAUUAAAAAGAGUUGUGUGACAAUUGUCAUUGCUCACUGCUAAAUGAGAGUAAUGAGCAAAUGACUAUGUGAGGUUAAAUAUUUUAAUUUGUGCUGUUUCUAUGAGGAAAGGUAUAUUAAAAAGAUGAAGCCAACAGAGUUGUCACAGGUUUUUCUUUAAAUUGCUCUCCAACCAAUCAUGUAUGCUGUUGAUGAGAGUUUUGUAUGUGCAUCAUAAACCAGCAGCAGUUGGUUUCUGUAGCUCUAUACCCAUUUUAACUAGAUUUUGCACUAAUUCACAGUUUUGACCUUCAGUGAUCCAGAAUUUAUCUGAUUAUGGAUAAGCUUUCCUUGGGUUUAACCUCACCCUGCUAUGCAAAGAACCCUUUUCUGUUACUUUCUUAGACACUGCUGUCGACCACAGUUUUCUUAAGUACAGGCUCAGGUGUACAGAUAUUUUGGGGUUAAUCUAAGAAAGCCUUUGCUUUUGUACAUAGAUGCUACCAUUUAACCAAUGUGAAAUCAAAAGGAAGUUAAUUGUUCAUUGUCACAAAGAUAUCCAUUUAUGCUUUUUAGAAAGUAGGAAGAUAAGUAUUUGUGUGUUAGGGUAUAUUGUCUUAGGACUUUUUAGAAAGAAAUGCUACAUAUUGUAUGCAUUACAUUUAUAAAGAAGAGAGGUUUUCAACCUUAAUCCUACAGAUAUUGUUCCUUCACAAUAUUUCUGUAUUAUUCAUACAUAUGGCUGACCUUGAAAAUCAUGUUCAGAGAAGAACUUUCCUACCCGUAGGCAAUAGAUUACUGUUUUUAAACAAAUUGUGACAAACUGAAGAAUAACCUUUUUGUACAUAAUAGGACAUUUCAUCUUAGACUAAUAAAGUAAUGUUGUUGGACAUCAGAUUUGGUGGAGUUCCUAAUGAAGCAUCAGUUGUUUAGGGUAACAUAUGUAGCACUUGGCAUUGCCAUACUGUGCAGAAAUUCUUGGAAAUUUUUCAUAUAAAUAAUUAUGAAAUGAGAAAAAUGCUACUUUCAUACACUUUUUACCAAGCCUCGUCAUUUUUCCUACUGCUUUGUAAUAUAUGAAAACAAUUCUUAGCUGUAUCAACUCUGGUAAUUUUUAGUUUUUUGAAAAGUUUUAUUUAUGAGCCAGUGUAAUGUGUGUACAUUUUAAAUACCACUUCUGUAAAAGGAAUAAAGAAAAUUAUACUUUA